AUGUUCUUGGACGCGUUGAAUAAGCCGAUAGACGGUGUCGUCGUUGUCGAUCACGGGUGUCUCACCGAUGCAAUCCUGGCCAGAGAUGUCGACACGGUAGAGUCGAUGCUAUCCUCUGGCGCCGAUCCAAACGCUCGAAGAGUCGGAAAAGAAACACCAGUGUGGCGCUCAGUGGAUGGACAACAUAUGAAGCCGGAGAGACAAGAUCCCAAUUCGUGCUAUGAGCUGUAUCCUCUUGAUCUUGCAAUGACAAGACGCCCAGCCUGCCGUCGUAUUGUCGAACUAUUACUCAGACACGGCGCCGAUCCGAAUUCUCGCUACCCUCAAACUACAAUCGCUCAUCGAGUCUUGGAAAGAAGGGGUUUAGGCCCCGGCAUGACAUACAGCAAGCGGAAUGUGUACCUCGACUUGAUUCUUCGGCACCCACUACUUGAUGUCAAUCUCCAAGAUGGGGAUGGCAUCACAUUGAUUCAAACUGCUUUGGACGUUGGGGAUGCAGAAGCUGCACGAAUACUGAUCGACAGAGGCGCCGAUCUCCGUUGCAGGGACGAUUCCGGUAGAAACAUCCUCCAUCUUGUAUCUGCCGACAAUUGCGGAAUCGACCUUGUUCAAGAUAUCAUCGCUUUGGCACCAGAUCUUCAGUACCAGUUUGACGAAAAUAGCAGAACGCCACUUCACUAUGCGAUAGAUUGCCAAAAACCAGGUCACCCGAGAGACGAGGUCAACUUUUUAAUCUCCACUGGUGUCGACGUUACGGUCCGAGAUGCCAAUGGCGAUACACCACUUCACAUACUCUUCAGAAGACCGUUUCUUCUCGUUGCAGACUAUUAUGGCAAUGCGGUUUGGCAGGGCUUUGUCAAGAAAACAAUUGACUUACUGCUCUCGAAAGGAGCAGACAUCAACGCUAGGAACGAAGCUGGUGAGACGCCUGUAUUUAACUACUUCCGUGCGAGCAGCUUCAAUGUGGAUCUUACCUACGCGAAGAUGGACGAGGAGAGGCAUACUCUGUCUAAGAAAUGGGGCGGCGAUAGAUGGAAGGUCAACAAGGAACUCGAAGAGCAGAUUGUGGAAGAAACGGAGCCGAAAAUUUGGGCGCUCUUUGAAGAGAUGGGAGUGGAAUGGUCGUUUGUCAAUGCUAAGGGACAGUCUCUGCUCCAUAUUCUGGCUGGCCAAGAACGGUCGUCUAGAAGGGUAGCCAGGUUUCUGUUCUUGGUGGGUAAAGGAUUGGAUCCUACAGCGAUGAACACGAAAGGUCAGACAGCGCUAGAUAUUGCGGCCAUUGGAAAGGCGGAUGACAUUUUAGCACUGUACAAAACUGAGUAG